CACAGAAGGACUUGUGGUGGUUGGAUUGAUGUGAAGCGAGCCCGAUACAUCAUGUACCGCUACAUCCUGCUCUUUUUCCUGUACCAACGUCAAGCAAGACAACAUACAGUCACUCUACUUCCGGAGUUCUUUGAAAAGAGAAAAAUGCAACAGAGGCUGAAGAACUUGGGAGUAGCUCUGCCAGCAUCUCCUCGAGGAACUAGCUCCGGGAGUAUGGACCUAGUGACUCUGUUUAUCGUCAACCAGAUUGCUGCUAAGAAAGAAAUUAAAGAUCCUCUAAAAGUAGCAGUUCUUGCCAGCAGUAAAGGAGGAUCCAAGCAGAAGAGAAAUGAGUCCCUGGUACUGCCAAUGAGCCCCUGCUCUCCAUCACAGCUGAGUCUUGUUGAGGGCCAACCUCAGAACAGUGUUCAAGGAAUGAGAAGAAGAAACAAUGUUAUUCCGCAAGGCUUCAAGUGUCGACAGUUGUCACCAGUGCUGGAGUCAGGUUUCUCAGACAACAGUGCAUCUGACUACCUGCCACCCAGAACCGACCGCCUGAGCCCUUUCUCCACUUCAUCAGCUUCCUCAGGCCAAGGAAUAUUCCCCCUGCAGCUGAACCUCCAGCAGAGAGGCCAGACACAGACACAGCUUCUUCCGCACUGCUCCCCCCCACCGUGGGACACCUCAGGGCUGGAGCAGACCAAGUUUCAGCCUUUCUCCCAGCCCAGAGGUAUGAGCAACAGUGUCCCCUGGUCCUGUGGAUCAAACCCACCCCUCUGCCAACUGGAGACACCCAUAGCAGCCCAAGUCCUGUUCAGAAGUCCAGUACCAGAUAACACAGAGGCACGGGACAAAGCGAGACAUGAGGUCACCUUCUCUCUCAACCAGCUGGAGGACAAGGAGCCCAUGUUGGACUUCAGUCUUCACCAGUCCGACACUGAGCAGCAGUUUGAGGGAGAUUACUUUGAGGGCUUCAGAACUGAACAAUGUGAAAGAGAAGCAUCUCAUCUUGGAGGAAGAAAAUCAAAGAUAUAUCUCAAAGAUCAUACACCUGCUGAAUCCUCAACACCACAAACUGUCCCUGAGUCUCAGUGCAUGGACGUGGCGGGAAAUGACCACAUACAUCUCUCCAACUGCACCGACAUGAACUUUUCAUGUCUUGAAUCUAACGACGACUCCAUGGAUGGCUGUAAAUUCUCUUGUCAUGGAGGUUACCUCAAUUCAGACUCAUCUGAUGAUGAUGAAUGCUGUGAGCCAUGUCUCCACGCUGCCUCUUCUUUUAUGGACCGAGCCAGUUGUGCAGAUAACCUAAACCCAAACGUGGGCUCACAGGAGAAUCCAAAACAAAGGCACAGUAAGCUCAGGGCUUCCACCCCGCUCCUGAGACCCAAAAUGAACUUAAGAGACAAUCAGAUGGAGAAUGCAGCUUUCCCAGUUAAAGCCUCUGGAAGUAACAGCCAACAGAAGGGAAGCAGCACAGCUCAGUUUGCAUCUCCUCAAGCUCUGGCUCAAACUCAGAGCUCCGAGCUGUGCAAAUGCAAGAAAACACCCAGUGAAACUCGAGACGCUGGAACUCAAACUGUCGACAACCCUACAGCUGAGACAGGCAAUGCCUGGACUCAGUGCUGCGCUGAUGUAGACAGUGAAGCCACUGGAUUUAACUUGUGCCUGCCACCUGUUGACGUGUCAGUACAGCUUGCGGCCACAGAGAGGCAGGCUAAUACUGCUGCAGAGCCGAGUACACACACGCCUUCAACAGGCAAGGCGAGGAGUGGAGGGAAGCAUACGACCAGGACCAAGAAGAAAUCCAGAGCUGGUUCCCAGCCAGGCAGCAGCAUCAUAAACAACAGUGAUGGCACAGUGAUCCCACAGAGAGUCAUAAACCCCUUUGUUGAUGUGAGCAUGACUGAUGGAAGAGCCAAGGAGAACAAAGAGGGCAGAGAUGAGAGAGGGCAACGAGAAAAUGGCCGUCUGAUGAAAGACCUCUCAAAUGAAGUGAGGGAGGAGGUCACAUCUGCCACGAGGGCUGACAGACUCUCAGAAGAGGCCAAGACACUUCAGGAAAUAGCUGACAUUUUGCUCCUGCUCAAGCAAAGGAAGGAGGUGAGGAAGUAAGGUGGAUGGGUGAAGACA